UAUUUAUUAUUCGAAAUGUCUGUCAUUUUUAGCUUAGAAUCAUUGAUUCCAGGACGGCCCAGGCCAUUUGGGGGCCCUAAGCAAAAUAAUGCAAAGGGCCCCAUAUUUUUGCCCCACCAUUUCGUCACAGUGUACUGUGAAACCCGUACAUGCAAUCCAACCCAUACGUCCAUAUUUUGUAUAUUAAUCAGAUCUUGUUGCACUGCAUACUUCAAACUUCUCACUCCAAAUGAUUGUCAGUACUUACAGUAGAUAGCGCCAAACCUUCUUCUAAAAGAGGAAAGAAAGAAGUUAAGGAAGAACUUUUAUUUUUUUUAAGCUUGUAAUCAAGUCUCAAAACUCACAAACGUCAAAUAAAGCAAACUGUAGUCAACAAAAUAGAACACGAAUUAUACAAUUGCCAGAUUGGGGUCCCCCUGUUGGUCAGGGCCCUAAGCAGCUGCAUAGUCUGCGUAUAGGCUGGGCCAGCCCUGAUUGAUUCUAACCCUUUUUAAAGGAAAGUCAAAAAUACACUGCAAAGCUGUUGUUCCUAGCCUGUUUGUUUCUAAUGAGGGGACUUGUUAAAAACUUUCACGUUAUACUUUAUUUUUGUUAGCUUGUUAUUGAACGGCAGUUCUCAACAGCUUGGUAUGUUUUGUGAAGUUCGGACAAACGUCACUCACUCACUGCUCCCUCCCCAAAAUGGGUGCGCCUCAGUCACGUGACCGGAAAACGGAAGAACACCUUGGUUGAAAGUUUGGACGUCUUUUCUCCUCGUCCGAGUUUUUGGGUGUUAAUUUCUGAGGAGUGCGAGAUGGCGGAGCAGCUUCAAAGGUUGGUGUCGGAGAAGAAGGACAUGGUGGAGGUGGUGAUGGAGACCUUCGAGAAGGGCGCCGAGGUGGUGGCCAGCUUCGCCGGCGACUUCUUCCCCAUCUUCUCCAUUGCCGCGCCCAUCGUCCAACUGGCUCUGGAGAACGUGGAGAGCAAGGAGGCGGUCUUCAUGAAAGAGCAGUUCCAGAAGGUGCGGGACCGCCUGGACGCCAUAUCCGACCAGAUGCGCCGUAUCCACGAGGAGAUCAAGAAGAGCGGCAUGGACGCCACCUACUUCUCGGUGGAAGAGAACAUCACCAACCAGUUCCGCAAGUAUAUGGACAUCCUCAACGCCAAGCCCAAGUUCCGGGAAGUCAAGAAGAAGCUGUUCCUGGAGCAUUUCGAGAAGACCGGCGGCGACAAGAACCUGCACGUGCUCUACAACGCCACCACGGGCGAGAAUUUCUCGGGCGAGUCGGUGCUGGACAUCGUCCUCAACUACGAGGAGAAAAGCCGCCGAACCUUGGAGGACUUUUGCGCCCGGCUGAAGAAGCUCUUCUGCCUGGGACUCAUCGCUCUGCUGGGACACGCCGCCCUGAAGGGCUACGACGAGGAAGACGCAUUUCUCAAGGACUGGGGCGAGAAGAUGAAGGAGAUACAGGAGAAGAUGAAUACCGUCAUUCAGGUCUGCAUAGACGACUUCCCGCAGCAGGCCGAGCAGGACGCCCGGCGGCUCCUGAGAGACAACCCGGGUUGGACCAACCAACAGGUGGCCGACGCCCUGGUGGCCCACCUGAAGAAGAAGUACGAUUGGGUGGGCUGGUCGGUGCGCGUCUUCAAGACGCCCACGGGCCUCUUCGCCCCCAAGAAGUACCACUGCCCCGCCGGGAAGAGCCGCUUCCGGGUGCCGGCGCCGGACGACAAACUCAACGUGCUGGUGUCCUUCAGUUCCUCGCCCGAGCCGGUGGACCACGCCCGCGUCCGCCAGCUCGUCCAGAGCCACAACAAGCCCAAGGUCACGGCCGUGGCGGAGAUGCUCUUCGAGCAGGUUCCCGGCCAGUGCGCCGUCCACGCCGUCAGGGCUAGCAAGGACCUGGUCUGCGCCUGGAGCUUCGCCGACGAGCUGCACUACUGGGAGGAGCACAAGAACUUGUACGUCUGCCUUCACUCGGCGUGACGGGUUGCCCGCUUCUUGACUUUGGCACUGACGUACUGUGACACUUUUCACCGGAUGCUCUUGAACGUUUUCGUAAGACACGCCAAGCCUUCCCUAAAAUCUCAGAAAGUGUACAAACUAUUUGAAAAUUCAACCCCUAGAGCCAGUUUGACUUAGAAACACAGAACUUGGUAGGAACACCUAUCAUGUGUAGGUCUACAAAAGAGACUCAGGAAGUCAGCCAUUUUAGUUUAAGUGGCCAGUACACGCUCAAUUUGGCCUUUUCCUUGUGACCGAUAUUUGAAAAUUCAGCCUCUAAAGCCAGUUUGGCUUUGAAGCACAGAUUUUGGGAGGAACACCUAUCAUGUGUAGAUCUACAAAAGAGCUAGACACCAUGCUAAAAAAGACUCAGGAAGUCAGCCAUUUUAUUUUUAGUGGCAAGUACAAGCUCAAUUUGGCCUCUUUUUUUUUAGACUGAUAUUUGAAAAUUCAGCCCACGAACCCAGUUUGGCUUAGAAACGCAGAGUUUGGGAGGAACAUCUAUCAUGUGUAGAUCUACAAAAAAGCCUCUAGUGACCACACCAAAAAAGACCCAGGAAGUCAGCCAUUUUGGUUUACUGGUCAGUACAAGCUCAUUUUGGCCUCUCCUUUAAGACAGAUAUUUGAAAAUUUAGCCCCCAAACCCAGACUGGCUGAGAAACACAGAAUUUGGUAGGAACAUCUAUAAUGUGUAGAUCUACAAAAAAAAAGCCUCUAGACGCCAUGCCAUAAAAGGUUUAGAAAGUCAGCCAUUUUAUUUUAAUUAGCCAGUACAAGCUCAAUUUGGCCUUUACUUUGUGAGUGAUUUUUGAAAAUUCAGCCAUUCUAGCCAGUUUGGCUGAAAAACAAUAUUUGGUAGGAACAUCUAUCAUGUUUAGAUCUACAAAAAUGUCUCUAGACACCAUGCCAAAAAAGACUCUGGAAGUCAGCCAUAUUAGUUUAAGUGGACACUAAAUGCUCAAUUUGGCCUUUUCUUAGCAACUAAUUUUUGAAUAUUCAGCCCCUGAAGCCAGUUUGGUCUAGAAACACAGAAUUUGGUUGGAACAUCUAUUACGUGUAGAUCUACAAAAAAGCCUCUAGGCACCAUGCCAAAAAAGACUCAGGAAGUCAGCCAUUUUAUUUUAAGUGGCCAGGACAACCUCAAUUUGGCCUUUUUUUCACGAUUGAUUUUGGAAAAUUCAGCCCCUCAAGUCAGUUUGGCUGAAAAACACAGUAUUUGGUAGGAAUGUCUAUAAUGUGUAGAUCUACAAAAAAAUUCAAGACACCAUGCCAAAAAAGACACAGGAAGUCAGCCAUUUUAUUUUAAGUGGCCAGUACAACCUCAUUUUGGCCUUUUUUUCACAAUUUUUGAAAAUUCCGCCCCAAACCCAGUUUGGCUCAGAAAUGUAGACUUUGGUAGGAACAUCUAUCAUGUAUAGAUCUACAAAAAAGCCUCUUGACACUAUACCAAACAAGACUCAGGAAGUCAGCCAAAAUAUUCCGGGAAAUACAAGCUCAGUUUGGCAUUUUCUUUGCAACUGAUUUUUGAAAAUUCAGUCCCCAAAGUUGGUUUUACUCAACAUCAUGAAAUUUGUUAGAUCUGUCAAUCGUGCGUAGACCCACCAAAAAUUCUCCAGACACCACUCCAAAAAGUCAGCCAUUUUGUCUUAAAUUGGCCAUCUUCCAAUGGAUUUGGCCAUUUCGUUCUAACAUAAAAAUUCAACUGCUUAAGCCAGUUUAUCUUAAAAACACAGAAUUUGGCAGGGCCAUCUAUCAGGAGAAGCUCUACAAAAAAGCCUCUUGACACCAUGCCAAAAAAAGAGUCAGGAAGUCCGCUAAUAUAUUCUGGGAAAUACAAGCUCAAUUUGGCGUUUUCUUUGCAACUGAUUUUUGAAAAUUCAGCCCCCAAAGUUGGUUUCACUCAACACCAUGAAAUUUGUUAGAAAUGCCAAUCGUGAGUAGACCCACAAAAAAGUCUCGAGACACCAUUCCAAAAAAAGUCAGCCAUUUUGUCUUUAAGUGGCCAUCUUCUAAAAAAAAUGGGCUAUUUCGUUCCAA